AUGCCCAUCCCCAUCAUUGCCCAGGGUCUCCGGGAUGGCAUCUCGUCAAUCCCGCAUGCUUGGACAUUCCUCCGCAUAGCACCAUGGGUGCUAGCGCUCGCGGCACUGAAAUACUAUUUCGAAGGAGCCCGCAACGGCUCCGAGCGAAUGAUGCGAUCAAAGGUGAUAAUGGUAACGGGCGGCACCUCCGGGAUAGGCGCAGAAGUAGUCCGCGAGCUCGCAACCCGCGGCGCCCAAGUAAUCCUCCUAACCCGCCAACCACCCUCCGACCUCUUCCUCUCCGAAUACAUCGACGACCUCCGCACGAGCACGAAAAACCCUCUAAUCUACGCCGAACAAGUCGAUCUCUCCUCCCUGCACUCAAUCCGCACCUUCGCAACAAAAUGGAUCGACAACAUCCCACCUCGCCGACUGGACUGCAUAAUCCUCGCCGGUGGGACAGCCGAGCCCUCCAGACCCCGGGCCCUCACAGCGGACGGCAUCGACCCUGAAUGGCAAACAAACUACCUCGCAAACUUCCACCUCCUCAGCAUCCUCAGCCCAGCACUACGCGCGCAGCCCGCACACCGCGACGUGCGCGUGAUCUUCGCAACAUGCUCGAGCUACAUCGGCGCUGACUUCAGCAAGCUGGGCUCCGUGGCUCGCGGGAAGCAGAAGGUGGUAUCGAAACGCACGAAGCAGUCUCCCCCGCUGUACGCGCAGCCCAAGGGCGUUUAUGCGCUGAGCAAGCUUGCGCUGACUAUCUUCGCGCACUCGUUCCAGCGGCAUUUGAAUGCUUACGAGAGGCCGGAUAGUCUGCCGCCUUGUACGCGGGUUAUUGUUGUUGAUCCUGGGUUGACACGGACUCCGGGGAUGCGACGCUGGUUGACUGGUGGGUCGUUGUGGGGUCUUGCGUUGUACUUGCUCACUUGGCCUAUUUGGUGGCUGCUGUUUAAGUCGCCUGUGCAGGGCGCGCAGAGUAUUCUGUAUGCAGCCAUGGACCAGCAGUAUGGGCGGGGUGCUGGUGGGUGGUUGAUUAAGGAGUGUCGGGAGAUGGAUUAUGCGCGGACGGAUGUGCGGAAUGAUGAGGUUGGGAAGAAGCUUUGGGAGUUUAGUGGGAAGAUGGUUGAGGAGGCGGAGAAGGAGAGUGCUGUUAUGAGGGCUUUGGAGAAGAAGGAGGCUGAGGUUGAGAAGCAGAAGGCUGAGGCUGAGAAGGCGAAGAAAGAGGCGGCUGAAAAGAAGGGGAAGAAGACUGAUGGGUCGAGGAGGAGUCGGAAGGCUCAGAAAUAA